UCCCAAUUCGACCGCGCGUCUCAUCAUGAAAUAUCCUCCGCGAAGACAUCACCAGAGGGCCCAUGUGUCUCGUGCGCAACCAUACACCACGACCCAGUAUCGGAUAGCCUGGAGGCUACGUAGAUCCAAUGUUUGGUCUUCGCCACCCACAGUUUGCGGGCCCCCCCAAGUCGACUCAUCUGAGGCAAAGGACAGCAACUAUGGUGAGGAUUUUGUCGGUGACUACGGCGAGGAGAAUGCGUGUCAAAACCAUCCGGAGCUGGAGCAGCGCAUGAACCAGAUUCUUGAGAUUGCCAGGGUACAAAGCAAACAAAUUCAUGACAUGGACAAAACAACGAGGGAAUUGGUUCAGCAAAUGAGGGAAGUAGUACAACAAGUACGAGAACUGCGGAAUAAUUUGGUUGAGAAAAUCUUGCUGCCCCUUUUUCAGGCGGCCGAGACUGUAUUGCAAGGAGAACAAGACCAAGUGCGUCACGGAGUGACGGGAGAACAUGCAACAAUGGACCCUGUCGAGAUGUCCACCAAAGGCAGCGAACCUCGUCGCUAAAGACCAUACGAUAGUCAGAUAUUAUGAUGGUGUGGCCAACAGAGGGUUUCCCUUUUUUGCGUUUUUUUUAUGUAGUCGAGGAAUCGAUAUCAAUGCCUCGUGUCGUGCCGGUGGCACAUUCUUAAGACAAGGACCUCCAAGUGACGUAACCUAUCCAGGGUAGGAUACUCUAAUUCAUCGAGUAGAUUUAUGAUAGGGUCACUAGAUGCCUCGCGAUUUCAGAAUGAGCUCUCUCCACUUCCCAGUAUGAGAUGAGAAUCAAGUUCAAAUGGAGCUACAGAUAAAGGGAAAGAGGUGUCUUGGUGGCGAUGUUUGGAUGCUUGAAUUGUCUUUUCCUUCUUUUCCUCGAUUUUUUUGAUCAGUC